AACAUAAAGGAUCACGAUGGCCGAACACCGCUCUCACGGGCUGCAGAGAAAGGGCAUAGGGCAGCUGUGUCCUUGUUGAUUGAAAGGGAUGCCGAUGUUAAUCUCGCGGAUCGCGAUGGCCGGACACCGCUCUGGGUGGCUGUAGAAAAUGGGCACGAGGAGGUUGUG